AUGGGACGUGUCGCCACCUCUGCUACCCAUCUUUUCUUCCUUGGGAUCCUAUUGAUGUCUUUUAAGAGGUUGGACGCAGCCAUAGAGCCUUGCCCAGCCUCGUGCCGUUGUACCUUAGAAAUCCUCAACUGCAGCAGGACCGCCAAUCCUCCUGGUCUCCACCGUGUGCCUAUUCCGGAGCCAUUUGGUCAUCCCUAUGUUUUUGUCUUAUUGGAUUUCACCGAGAACGCAAUUUCUUCCAUUGGCAAACAGGUGUGGAGGGCCUAUCCUUGGACUGAGUACUUGAUUCUCAAGAACAAUCACUUGAGCGGACUGAGCAAUAAGUCUCUGGAUGGCUUGCUUUCACUCACACACUUGGAUGUCUCGUGUAAUCAAAUCCAGACCAUUGACAGAAACGCAUUUGAACCUGUUCCAUUUCUGCAAUUUAUCAAUCUCAGUGGCAACCUUAUUGAGCGGAUAACGCAGGGGGCAUUUCAGGCCUGGCACGGGAUGCAGUUUCUAUUCAAGCUGUAA